UGUCCCGGGCCAAUCACAGAGGAGGUGGGCGGACCUCCGGUUGUUACUACAGAUACUGGAAGAAGUUUGCACCGCUGACCUGCUGCUGCCGCCGCCGCCGCCGCUGCUGCUGCUACACUCAUGACUCUCUACGUUAAUGAAUAGCCGCGGGAAACGAAACGUGCCGAUUAUGCCGAGAUAAAAGAGCGCCUGGCCCGACAAUGAUGGCAUGCGACGGUUCACCCGCAGAGGAUUUCCCGCACAAAGUGAUGCCCGGAGCUGCUCCGUGCACGUGCAGCAAGAAGUGCAGGAGUCGGAGCGGCAGCGUCGUGUUCCUGGGAUUAUUCCUGCUGUCGCUCUCACUUCACGCUGUCACCCUCGUCUGUUACUUGGACCUGCGCUCCGAGGUCAAAAGGGAAAUAAUCCACCAGAAGCGGGACUCCAUGUUGACACUUGCGGGGAGUGACCCGGCUGCUGACCCGACGCCGGUGCUCUCCCCGCCCGGACACCCGCGACCGGACUCCGGCAACAGAGGAGGAGGAAGAGGAGGACUAGGAGAGGGUAAUGAGGAGAGGAUACUGCACAGAAAUAGUGACUUCCGUGCCACUGAGGAUAACAGGGGCAUAACUCAGCGAUCGAAAAGGAGUCCCGGCAAGCAGCCAGAGACAGAAUCAACGGGAAAGGAAAAAAGGAGGGAGAGGAAAAAAGGGAAGAAAAGGCCUGUGCCGGGGCCUCCUGGUCCCCCUGGUCCCCCGGGCCCACAGGGCCCUCCGGGAAUCCCUGGAAUACCCGGUAUUCCAGGAAGCAUUGGUGUGGGGCCUGCAGGGCCCCCUGGACCUCCAGGGCCACAGGGACUUCCAGGCGCUCAAGGUCCAGCAGGGGUUCUCGAUAAAACAAAAGCAAAGGACUUCCAGCCUGCAGUGGUUCAUUUGCAAGGGCAGGAAACAACCAUCCAAGUGAGAGAAGAUCUGUCAGAAGGCAUCCUUAGGAACUGGAAGAUGGUGUCCAUCCACCACCGGGUUUUUAAAAUGCACCCUCGCUCUGGAGAGCUGGAGGUGCUGCUGGACGGUGUCUACUUCAUAUAUAGUCAGGUAGAAGUGUACUACCUCAACUUCACCGAUAUUGCCAGCUAUGAGGUGAUGGUGGACUCCAACCCGUUCCUCCGCUGCACCUGCAGCAUCGAGACGGGUCAGCGCAAGUUCAACACCUGCUACACGGCUGGGGUGAGCCUGCUGCGCGCUGGCCAGAGGAUCUCCAUUCGCAUAGUGUAUGAGGACACGCUCAUCAGUAUGACCAAUCACACCACCUUCCUGGGAAGUGUCAGACUUGGAGAGGCUCCAUCUGCUGGACACAACUAAUAACUACACAGCCACCAGGCCUCUGCAGAAAAUGACAAAAGUUGCUCGCAAUGGUCAAAUCAGUUCAGAAUCACACAGGUUUUCUCAUCCUGCCUGAUCUUGGACUCAUGAAUUGAUACGAUAUUGAAGGAGCAACUUCUUGUCCCAAGUGCUGCCCCCGUUAAAGGGAUACUUCAAUCCUCCGGGCUGAUUAAGGUUGAGGAAGCCUCUGAGUGACUAUUGUUCACUUCCACAGCUCUGUGUUAAAAGGAACAAUAUACUGUCAUAGCUGUCCUUCACAUUGAUUCUGUGCAAAGAGAUCAGCCCGGAUGAGCCGGGCGUCCUCAUCCGACAAAAGGUUUAUAUUUAUAGUUACUAUUGUGUCCAAACAGACGGACAGCAUCUCUCUGUAUAACAAUGAUUGACACUGCGCUGACAGAUACUUAAAAUGUAUAAUAUUUUAAAGUGCUGUUGAAUGUGGAUCUUGUAUCUCCCAAAAAAAAACAAAAAAAUAACACCAGCUAUUUGAAAUGUUUUAUUUGCAGAUUGUAUACUUGGCCUUUUUUAAUUAACUUAAUUGUAUUAAUGGUUGUAUGUGAGUGGUUUUAACAGAGGGUUCAAAGCUCCAAAAGCCCCUGGGUUAAAGAAAUAAUGAAAAGACCAUAUAAAUGUUAUAAAGUAUAAAAGGUACAAGUGCAAAGCUGAGAAAACCCAUUUAAACGGGAGUUAUUAGGUGUUCACAGAGCAACAGCACUAUAUAUUUUGCGCACAUUUGCACUACAGCAUCCCUGCAGAAUAUCAGUGAUAUGUUUUGUUACAGUGCUAUUGUUUAGUUACAAUAUGAAUGAAUCCAUGUGGAAUAAUUAUAAUUGUUUAUACAUCUCUGUACAUAUUGUAUAUAAAAUGGGAUAUACUUUUGUAAAUGGAGUUGAUUGAUGGAUUAAAGUGUUUCAUUUUCUGUCUAAA